CCAAACGACACCAAAUCAAUAACGACAAAAGUGCACCCCCUCCCAUUGUCGCCAACGCAGCCAUGAAAAAAGUCCUUCAAAGCAGAGAGAGUGAGAGCCUUCAUUCAAUGACUCUUGCCUCACUCCUGCAACAAAACCUACAGUACCCAGAAACCCUAACCUGUUGUCUAACCGUUUUGGUUGAAUAAAGGUGAAGACUUGGAUGCCAAGCAAGGUGGUUUUUCAUGGGGCUUUCUCUGGGUUUCUGAUGAAUUUCAAAACCCACGUCUGGUUUUGCACUUCUUAACGUGGUUGCUUCAGCUUGGUUUCCCUGCUGUGAAUGAGGAGGAAUUAACGUGCUGUUUCUGCGUUUCUGGUAGUGUUCUCCGCUCCAUCUGUCUGUCUGUUGCUCAAUUUCUUUUGAAUUAUCCAACUAUUAGAUACCCAUCUGAGUCUGUCUCAUGACUUAUCAUUUCUGAUGUCUUUUGUCUUAUUUGACGCUUGUGUAGUACCUCUUCUUCAAUUUCUUUCAAAAAUUCCUGGUUAAUUAACUGUUCCUUCGACGGUUUUUGUUCUCAUACGCAACUACCAUCUUUGAUAUUUCGUUUGAAAGAUUUGGAACCCAGUUCAUGGUUUCGUCAAUCUCAAUAUUGGCGAAAAAAUUUCACUGAAAUGGCCUUCUUUUCGAUUCAGAUAUAGUUCUCGACCGACAACUGACUCGCUUUAUCUUGCACUUGGAGAAUUACCCAUUUUCUUGGCAGCUCAUUCUGCAAAUUCUCCUAAGGUGCACGAAGUUUUUGAUACCCAACUAGCUUAGAUCCUCUGCGUUCAUUGGUUGCUAUCUGUUUUCUGCAAUUCUCGGCUCUGCUUUAUUAGAAAGAAAGAAGUUCUCGGCUCUGUAUAGGAAAGGUUGUUGUGGUAGGUUAAUGGCAGGAAUGGUUCAAGAUGAGGGAUCAUCAUCUGUAACUUCAUCACCCCUUCAGUUCUUCUCACUGAUGUCACUUUCCCCUAGCUUAGGAUCACCCUAUCCCUGGCUCAGGGAGCUUAAAUCCGAGGAGCGAGGUUUAUAUCUGAUCCAUCUCUUAUUGUCCUGUGCGAAUCAUGUCGCCACCGGUAACCUUGAACAUGCAAAUAUUGGUCUCGAGCAAAUUUCCCACCUUGCCUCUCCUGAAGGCGACACCAUGCAGCGCAUUGCUGCAUACUUCACGGAGGCGCUGGCCGACCGGAUUCUGAAAGCAUGGCCUGGUCUGCACAGAGCCCUUAAUUCUACCAAACUGGCUUCAAUCUCCGAAGGAAUUCUUGUUCGGAGGCUGUUUUUUGAGCUGUGCCCAUUCUUAAAGGUUGCAAUCGUGAUCACCAACCAGGCCAUUAUAGAAGCUAUGGAAGGGGAGAAGAUGGUCCAUAUUAUUGAUCUCCAUUGCGCAGAGCCUGCACAGUGGGUUGCUCUCAUCCAGGCCUUGAGUGCACGGCCAGAAGGUCCACCCCAUUUGAGAAUUACCGGCAUUCAUGAACAGAAGGAGGUUUUGGAGCAGACAGCUCUUCGUUUGACAGAAGAAGCUGAGAAGUUGGACAUUCCAUUUCAAUUUAAUCCCAUUGUUAGCAAAUUGGACAAUCUUGAUGUUGAAAGCUUGCGUGUUAAGACAGGAGAAGCUCUUGCAAUCAGCUCUGUCCUCCAGUUGCAUUCCCUCUUGGCAACCAAUGAUGAGACCCUUAGUAAGAAAUCUCCUCCCCUAGCAAGGAACACAAAUUCAGUCCAUCCCCUACAUAGAGUCCUGCAGAUGAACCAGAGCACUCUAGGUGAUUUGCUUGAGAAAGAUUUGGUCAAUGGGUAUAGCCCGAGUCCUGACUCGGCAUCAUCAUCUCCACCAUCUUUGCCUGCUUCAGCAAAGAUAGAGAACUUCCUUGCAGCUCUUUGGGGCCUAUCUCCAAAACUCAUGGUUGUGACCGAGCAAGAAUCCAACCAUAAUGGGUCAACCCUGAUGGAGAGGCUCUUGGAAGCACUCUACUUCUAUGCUUCACUUUUUGAUUGCUUGGAGUCAACAGUUUCCAGGGCAUCGAUGGAGCGAAUGAAGGUGGAGAAGAUGCUCUUUGGGGAGGAAAUUAAGAACAUUAUAGCUUGUGAGGGAGCAGAGAGGAAGGAGAGGCAUGAGAAACUGGAGAUAUGGAUUCAAAGGCUUGAUUCAGCCGGAUUUGGCAGGGUGCCCUUGAGCUACUAUGGUCAACUGCAGGCAAGGAGGUUGUUGCAGAGCUAUGGUUGUGAUGGUUAUAAGAUCAAAGAGGAGAAUGGCUGUUUGGUAAUCUGCUGGCAAGAACGAGCCCUUUUCUCAGUAUCAUCUUGGAGGUGUAGGAGGUAAAUUAAGGACCCAUGGUUUAGCAGAGGAAACAGAGUUCCUGGCGAUUAUAAAAGCAAUUCAGACUGGCUCAUCAAAAGAGUUGGAAGAAUGCUGCCAUUUUCUCUGGUGCAUUGACAACCAUUUUGGCUUUAAAAUCUGCCAGUCGAGAUUUGUCUUGGCGGUCUCUUUUGAUAGUUGAUGAAAUUAGGACAUGUUCGUCUCUUGGGUCUAUGGCCUUUAUGAUCCUAGAAUGUUUAAUGAGCCUGCUCAUAGACUGGCUCAAAAAGCUAUACAAUUAUCUUUGGAUUUUUGGUUUGAUAUUCCGCCUGCAUGGGUGGAAGGUUGUAUAUAUACUUCCUUCAGUUGUAGUAAUAUAAUCUUCCUGAGCAGAGAGAUUGAACCGUGUCUUACAGAA